AUGUCGUCUGCAGACCUGAGAGCUGAGCUGGAAUGUUCCGUCUGUCUGAACAUUUAUACAGAUCCUGUAAUGCUGAGAUGCGGACACGACUUCUGCCGGGUCUGUAUCAAACGUGUGCUGGAUACACAGAAAGGGUCUGGAGAUUACUUCUGUCCUGUGUGCCGAAAAAGGUUCAGGAGUCGUCCUGUAUUGCAGAGGAACAUAACACUAUGUAACAUAGUGGAGAAUUUCCAGUUUGUCCAGCCAGAUCAGGAGGAGUCCGGGGUCUUCUGUACUCACUGUGUGGACUCUCCUGUGCCUGCUGUUAGAUCCUGUCUACACUGUGAGGUUUCUCUGUGUAAUAAACACCUGAGAGUCCACAAAAAGUCCCCAGAACAUAUCUUAUGUGCCCCCAUCUUGUCCAUGGAGAGCCGGAAAUGCUCCGUCCAUAAGAGGAUCCUGGAGUAUUACUGUACUGAGGAUGAUACAUGUAUCUGUGUGACCUGCAGUUUGGCCGGAGAACAUCGAGGACACCAGGUGGAGAUGCUGAAUGAGGCCUUUGAGACGAAGAAAAAGACGCUGAGGAAUGAGCUCAAGAAACGUCUGGAAGAUCUGAAGGAGAUAUUCCAGGAUGAGAUUUCCAGAGCUGCAGACAUAUUACUGGAUGAGAACACGGCUCACAAUUCUCUACUUAUAUCAGAUGACAGGAAAACCGCAUCCUGGUCAGAUGUAUACCAGAAGCGCCCCAAAACACCGGAGAGAUUUCAGGGUUAUGUUCAGGUGUUGAGCAGUCAGAGUUUCUCCUCUGGGAGGCAUUACUGGGAUGUGGACGUCGGAAAUACCAAGAAAUGGAUGGUCGGGAUGUGUUACCCCAGUGUAGAGAGGAGAGGAUUGCAGUCACUUAUUGGGUGGAAUAACAAGUCGUGGGGUUUGGUCAGCAAAGAUGACCAUCAUUUGGCGAUACACGACGGUAAAGGGAUCCGCUCACCUGGUAAUAUCAUCAGUAACAGAGUCAGGAUAUAUCUGGAUUAUGAGGCCGGGCGGAUCGCCUUUUAUGAACUGUGUGACCCGAUCCGAUACAUACGCACCUUCACCACCACCUUCACCGAGCCCCUCCAUGCUGGGAUAUGGGUAUGGGAAGGUGGUGUAAUAAAGAUUUGUGGUGGGAAUCAGAAGAUCUGA